AUGUCGUCAACAGUUUCCGAAAGGUUCACUUUGAUCAACUAUUCAUCCAAUGAUGCGGUUCUUGCCCAAGAACGAAUGCAGGAUGUCCGAAAUGAACUAUUGUCGUGGGCGAGUAAAAUCGAAGAAAAUAUCGCUGAAGCAGAUCGAUUAUGCAACGAUGGAGUUGAAAUGCUCACCCCAGAGCAAUUUCAUGCCUUAAAGGAACACAGAAAUCGACUUGAAACAACUUACAAUCAGUUAUUGCGUCAUACAGAUUCUGUUCUUCAAAGAUUGAGUGAAUUAACGAAACUUCUUCUGGAAUUUUCAAAUGAAUCAAGUGCGUUGCAUUCAUUUGUCAAUGAAAAAACCCGGCAGUUGUCUAUUCUUCGAGCCGAAAGUGGUGAUCCAAAUGAAAUCAACGAGUCUCGGCAUAAGGCAAAAGCUUUAACAGAUGAAAUUUCGAGUAAUGAAACUCGUUUAAAAAGUAUUUCGAGUUUGGCAACAAGAAUUCAAUCAGAAUAUGACGGGUACGUCGUAGAAUUACGAAUUCAAUAUCCGGAUGCUCAAAUUCCAGCUACAGAACCGCAAGAAUUGAAUAGCACUCUCACACGAUUGCAGACCGAUUAUGAACUGUUGCUUCGUGGAUGCCAAGAUUUGGUAGCGUUCUUGAAUCGACUUAAUUCGUUGGCUGCAUCUCAUUCACAAAAUGUUGAUGCAUUAUCGCAAUGCAUAUCUGAGUUGGAAAGGCAGAUUUCAUCCGCUGAAAAAACGGUCAUCAGUAGUGAUGUAAGUGCAGAUAGCUCGACUAUGUCCGACAUGCUAAUACAUAUGGAAGAAUUAGAGCAAGUUUGCUUGAAUCAGAGUAGUCGAAUUGACUGUGCGUUACGAUCUGCAGCUGAACUGAAUAGUGCACUGAUAGGUACGGAUGCUCAUCAACGAAUUGUUCUCGAGAAUCAACAACAGUUAGAUGAUUUUCAAAGAAGACAAUCGCGAAAUAAGAAUCGAAUUGAGGAAAAUAUCGAUUCAUGGCGAAGUAAGAUAGCGAUGCACGAAGGGAUCCGUAAGGGAAUGUCUGAUAUUUUAGAUUGGUUGAAUGAAAAAAAGCAAUUAGCCUCGCCAUGUCCAUUGCCCCUUUCAACCGAGAAACUUUCUGAAAUGAGGCGAGAGAAUGAAUUUUUACUACGCGAAUUGCAAUCCCGACAAAAACUGCUCACUGAAUUGGGCAGUGAAAUUUCGAGAACAGCAGCUGGGAAUCCCACUUCAGCAGCGCGUCGAACUUUAUUGGAACAGUAUGAAUGCGCCGAAAAAGAUUUCGCUCCACUUGUAGCUGCAACACAGACUCGACAAGAAGCGAUAAACGAUUUGAAUGGAGCAAUGAUGCGUUUUAGUGAUGCUGAAAAAGUAUUCAAUGAGAAAUUGAUGGCAGUUGGUGAACAGCUCACAUAUCUGACAUCAAAUGAUGUGGAUUCAUUGAAUGAAAUACGUGAACAGUUGACUGCAAUCCAAAAUGAUGACUGGAAAAUUAUUGAAAAAGAACAUGAUUAUAUUAUGAUCAGUAAAAUGGAGCAAGCACUGAAUAAGAUGUCGACUAGAGUCGAUGAACUGAUCAGUCAAAGUGAAGCACUCAAUACACAGAGGAAAACAUUCAAUGAAUCGUAUGCAGAAAUCGUCACAUGGUUAGAGGCCAUUGAAAGCAAUGCGCAAGAUCUGAAUACACUCUCGCUGAACCCGGUUGAAUUAGCCAAUCAACGAAAUGCUUGUUCAAUGUUACAGUCUGAGCAUCAAGAACACCGGCCUCAGUUAGAACAUCUUGAAGAUCUUGGCUCAAAACUUGUCGAAAUUGAAACUUUAGUAAGAAUGAAAUCACGGAGUGGCGUUAAUACAAAAUCAGAAGAGACACAAAGUACGAUCCGUGAAUUAAAUGUUAUUCGACAGCGUUAUGACACAGUCGGUAGUUUGUUGAAGUCGAGGAGUGAGAAAAUCAUUUCGAUUAGUGAAAAAUUAGCGGAUUGGGACUUAUCAAGAGAUGCGCUCUCAAGAUGGGUAAUUAAUGAAACGAAACGACUGGAAACGGAAUGUCCGGUGGCGUUAAGCCAUGAAGACAUUUCUUCGAAUAUUUCAAAAGCUGAUCGCGUUGAGAAGCUAUAUCACAAAGAAAAACAACCUCAGAUGAUGGAGGUACGUGGAAAAGCUCGUCAUUUAUUGAACGAUAUGUCAAUACCCGGAGCCGAAGAAGUUCAAAAUGCACAAACAGCUCUCGAGAAGGAAUGGCAAACAUUGGCUGAUACAAUCAAUACUGCAAAAGAGAGAACUGAAUCAUCUAAAAAGCUCAUUCAAGGUUGUGAAGAUUUGGACAAAUGGUUGAAGCAAAAAGAACGUUUAACGUCAGUGAUCGGUACAAUUAAUAUCGAUCCAAAAGUGAUCAACAAUCAAUUAAUACAAAUCGAAUUACUCGACUCCGAAAUGGAUGACCAAAAUGGCAAUCGAACAAAAAUCAAUGAAUUAGCACAUGACCUCAUCACAAAUUCGUCAUCACAAUCAAAUAGUCAAGAAAUAGUUGCAAUGAUGGAUGCGUUGAAUCUCCGUUGGAUAGCUUUUCAAGAGGGUUUAGAGUCGAAAAAGGGAAAUUUAUUGAAGGCCAAGGAAUCGAGUAUGCAGUUCUCGAAUUUCCAGCGAGAUAUUAGAAACGCAUUAUUGGGAAUAGCCGAAGAAGUUGAAGAAGUGAGUAGAAAUCCGUUGAGAAACGAUACUGAAUUCGAAGAGCGUUUCACCAAAUUGGAUUCUUUACAAACGAGAGCUCUUGAGGCAAAUACUAAAGUGGAUGAUCUGAAAAGAUUAGCUGAAAAUAUUUGCGAAGUGGUGGAUGAUCCAGCUUUACAAAGUGAUAUCCGAGAACAACUUAACAUCACGUCACAAUCCACCCGAGAAUUGAAUCGAAAAAUUGAGAGUUUAAAGAGUGCGGCGAUGAGUGCAAAAGCUGAAGAAGGACAAACCGUUAAGGAGACUGAAAAUUUACUGAAGUGGAUGAAAGAUAUGAAAGGACAGUUAUCUGAUAUUGGAUCAAUAUCAGCUGAUCCACGCGCACUUAGUGAGCAAAGUAAGCAGAUCGAUGAAAUCUACCGAAAUGUGUUGGAUAAAGAGGGCGAUAUCGCACUUCUAAGAGCUAAAUUGGGCGAACAGUUACGAAAAACACCAAACGCACAAGUGAAAUUGAAUAUGGAUAUGUUGAACGCUGAAUGGAAUCCACUGUUGAAUGAUGUGAAAGCGAAACGUGCAAAUGUUGAACGUAUUAAUGAUUUGGUUGAACAGUUAAAUGCAUCACUUGAAUCUUUCGAAACAAGAACGGAACAGAAUAAAAACACACUUGAAAAACUUUCAAACGAUAACGAAGAUGAUCCGUUAGCUGCAAGAGAAAUUGAAAAGCGAGUAGAACGACAGCAUGGUGAAUUGAAUGCGUUGGAAAGUCUUUUGAAUAAAUUGCAAGAUAUUUCGUCAGGACCGUCAAUAAAUCAGUUGAAAAGGAGAGUUGAAAACGCAUUUGGCGAUUGGGAUCAGCUGUCGAAAGACGUUCGAAAUACGGCCAAUAAAUCGCAGCAUAAGAAAGAUGUACGAUCGCGUUUCAAUAAAUACAAAGAGGAUGCCAUGAUGCUGUUGAAUACCACUAAAGAUUCAUGCAGUAUGGCUAAUAUUGAUUCGACAACGGCUAUUACGGGUUCUGUUGUAUUAAUGACAAAAGAAGAUUUAUCAAAAGCAUUAUCUGAAUUAGAAAACAACUGGCAACGACAGCAUCGAGAGUUGACUUCAACAAUGAAAGAACUUCAAAGUAUUGUCGAUGAAGAUGAGGCAGAAACACUCGAACAAAUGAUGCGAGAAUUUGAUUUGGAAUAUAAUCAGAUCAAAAAUGGAAUACAUAGUCAACUUGAUGAACUGAAGGAAAAAGAUGAAAUUGUCAGUAAUAUGUGCGGAAAGAUUGAUACGCUUAACAAUGAUAUUUGUCGAAUCAGUCAGGUUGAAUUGGCACCGAUAGGGUGCGAGUUAAGUGACCUCGGACUUCAAAAGGAACAUUGUAAUCAAACUUUGAGCGAUCUGAAUGAAAAAGAAGAAGAAGCAGAAAGAUUAGCGAAUGAAUGGAAAGAAUUGUGUGAAAGUGAUAGUGCCUUCUCGAAUAUAAAUGGCUCUGGAGCAGUUGUACAGCGUUUGGCUGAUCUGAAUGAGCAGUUGAAUAAAGCUCGUAUUGCAGUCACACAACGCAAGAGGACUAUAUCGAGUACUGAACAAGCAGUGAACGAUGUUCAUAAGGAAAUGAGAGCAACAUAUGGCGAUUUGGAUGAGAUAAUUGCUGAUCAAACGUUGCUUGAGCCAGUUCGAUCCGAACUGGAUGAGCUUAGAGCACAGCAAGAAAGGAUGCGUGUAUUCCGCGAGAAAUUAAGACCUGUGGGACAACGAGUGGAACAAGCGAUCGCGAACUGUGAAAAUUUGAUAAGGAAUGCUGAUAAAGGAAUUAAUACGGCAUCUUUGGAAAGUGAACGAAAAAAACUAAUUGAUGUUUGGAGUGAGAUCAAGGAUCGUAUUGUGGAUCGUGAAAAGCAGCUGUGUAGUUCAAUGCAAGAAUUGGGUAGUUAUUCAGAUGCUCAUAAUGCAUUAAUUGUAUGGUUACAAGAUACCGAAGAAUCACUAGCGAAUCAGCGACCACCAUCGAUUGAACACAAAGUCGUUAAGGAACAAACACGUGCGAAUGAUAUUCUUUUGAAGCAUAUUGAUGAGAAACAGCAGAGUGUCGACAAUUUCAAAGGAAUGAUCGAUAAAGUCAGCACAUUGGCCAAUGAUGAUGACCAUCGUCUUGCGCUGAAACGAACUUCUGAUAAUGUAUCACAAAGAUAUCACUCUCUUGUGGAAAACGCGUAUGCUCGGAGAGCACGUCUUCAUGAGGCGUUAGUAUUGGCCGAGCAAUGGUCACAGAGUGCGAUACCCUUACGAAUAUGGCUUGAUACAACUGAAAGGUCAUUGCAACAGCUCGGUAAAAUACCAACCGAUAAGGAAAAAUUACAACAGCAGAUAAAUGCACAUCAGGUUCUACAAGAAGACAUUAACGCUAAAAAGUGGGAAUUUGAUCAACUUGUUGAACUCUGUCCUAGACUUGCUGAAUUGACAUCUGUCGAAGAGGCAGCGGAAUUAGAUUCAGCACUCCAUUCGCUCACCUCAAAAUAUGAUAAUAUUGUUAGUCGAGCUAACGAUUGUGGCACCUCAUUGCAACAGAUGGAUGAAGAGAUCGGAUCGUUUUUGGAGCACAUAAAUGAACUUAGUGAAUGGUUGGAUCACAUUGAAAAGGAUAUCUACGAACUCAACGAUAUUUCAAUUUAUCCAGAAGAAUUAAUUGAUCAGAGUUCUCUUCUCACAGAGUUGGCAAUGGGUGUAACUCAACAAGAAGCACUAGUGUCAACAGUGGUGGAAGAUGGUCGUGAACUGUGUCGUCAAACGACCGGUGAUGAAGCGAUUGCAUUACAAAGUCGUAUUGAAGCACUUCGAACACGAUAUUCACAAGUUGCUUCUGUGACCGAUUCAAAAAUUGCAACACUUAGUGAAGCAUUACCAUUAUCAGAACGUUUUCAUGAAGGUUGUGAAAAUGUGCAACAAUGGAUGGAUGCUGUCGAGCAAGACCUGCAAAACAUUGAUCAGGUACCACUAGAGGCACAGUCGGCUUUAAUAGCACAAAUGGAAGACGAUCUAGGAAAAUGGAGAGUUGAUGUAGACGAAAUCAAUAGCAUUUCAAAGCAGUUGCAGGAGUUGAGGAACGGUCAACGUGCUAAUGAUUUAGACGAACAAACUGACGACUUGAAUCUGAGAUUCAAUUUAUUGGAUGAGAAGUUGACUCGAAAGGCUGAAAAGUUGACUUCGGCCGAGAGACAAACUCGUCAAGUAUUGGAUGAAUUGGAUUAUCUGAAUGAAUGGUUUACAGAUGCAAAUGAACGCUUAAUGAAAGCAUCAGCACCAGCUGUGGAUCCGGAUUACGUGAUGAAACAGUUGAAGAAUCAGAAACAAAUGAAUGAAGAUAUAGCGGUAAUGAAGUCACGUUUACGAGAUGCAGUAACGGACGCACAAAAAGUUACUCGUGCUCUGGGUGAUGAGGCUAAUGGACAGGACGCUCUUCUUGCUGCCAAAAUUCAGCCUUGUCGCAAGUUGUCAACAGCUGUUGCUCAGAUGGGUGAAGAUCGUUUAGGAGAACUGGAGCAAGCAUUGGCGUUAUGUCAAGAAGUUGAUCAGUCAUUCGGUGAAUUGCACAGUUGGUUAGAAAAAAUGGAGUAUGAACGGGAUAAUUGUCCAUCAAUAUCUAUUGGAAAUCAGCGAGAUCAACUUAUCAAACAACAAGCUCAUAAUGCGGAGUUACAACAUUCAAUUCAAGCUCAGCGGCCUUUAAUGGAUCGUUUCAUAAGAAAUGUGAACGCACUACGCGAAUUAUGUGACUCUGAAGAUUCGGCUCAACUGGAGAAAAUUGUUGAAAGUAUAGAGGAUCGAUUUGAAGCAAUUCGCGAAGCAAUCAAGCAACGCGCUGAUGCUCUUGAAACUGCUCUCGAACACAGCAGUCAGUUCACUGAUCGCUUGGACAUCAUACUUGCCAACCUCGAUGGUGCAGCUGCACAGGUUCGACAUCCUGAUCCUGUUCCAGCAGAACCAGAUCGUAUCAAGAUGCAGCUGGGUGAUAUCAUGGCUCUAAAAGAAGAAUUAAAAAGUAAAGAAGGUUUAUUAAAGUCGGUUAAGGAAUAUGCUCAAGAAAUUUUGCAAGAAGCCAAUCCAGAAGAUCAUGCAACUGAAGAUAUCAAAGCGAAAUUGGAAGUACUGGAUGCGUUGUGGAAAGAAUUGAAUGAAGGAGCUUCAGCAAUGGAGCUUCGACUUGGAGAUACUUUGAAGAAGGCAGAGCGAUUUUGGGCCGAACUAGAAAAUUGUCAGAAAGCUCUUGAAGAAUUACGUGCUAGAAUUGAUGAUAUUCAACCAGCGAUAGGACAGCUUGAAUUAAUUGAAGAACAGAAAACUCAAUUGAGGGCAUUCAAUGCGGAUUUAACGGCCACGGAGCCGUUAAUGAGUGAGUUAAGAGAUGCGGGACGUGAGCUAUGUCAAAUUGUUGCUGAUGAAGGCAAAGCGCAUGUUGAACAGCAAAUUGGCAUGGUUGAAGAUAGUUUUGCAACUAUCACAGAGAUUUUCGCUCGAAAAAAUGUUGAUCUGAUUGAUUCGAUGGAAAAAGCAAUGAACUUCCAUAACUUAUUCUCGGAAUUGGAACGUUGGUUAGGUGAAACUGAGAAUACAGUCUAUGCAUUAGCACCGAUUUCAAGUGAUUCACCUGAAACAAUACAAAAAGAGCUAGGAUCUCUUGAAGAGUUGCGUUCAACAUUAGAUGAGAAGGCUAUAAGGAAAGAAGAACUGAAUCAAAUGUGUUCAAAUCUUUGCAUUGGUAUUGAUUCGAAUCAGUCAUCUGCUCUACGUGCACCAAUCAGUGAUCUCAAUUCACGAUGGAAUCGACUGUACGCAUUUCUAAAUGAGCGUCAACAACGAAUGGAACGUACUUUGUUGGAGAUGGGUCAAUUUUCACAAACAUAUGAUCAACUUAUGGGAUGGAUUGAAAAAACAGAGCGUGUUCUUAACGAGAUAAAUACGCGUCCUACGAACGUGAAAGAAGUGGAGAUUGAGGUUUGUAAGCAUAAAGUGAUCCAGAACGAUGUGUUAAUGCACGAAGCAAGUAUAGAUGCGGUACGAGCUGCGGCAAAACGCAUCAUUAGUAUUGAUCCGCAGUCAACAGCAGCAACGCAGCCUAAGAUUGACGAUUUGAAUGCGAGAUGGCAUAUACUCGUUGACAAACUGGAGGAUGUUUGGGAUCAGUUAACUGAAGCUCGAGAAGCAACUGAGAAUCUAGGAGCUGAAAUGGAUAAGUGGGCUUUGUGGUUGCAAGAUAAAGAAUUUGAUUUGUCGUCCAAAAGGCCGUGUGGAGGGCUUCCAGAAACUGCGCAUGCACAACUGGAUGACUUCCUCGUUUUCAAAAAUCGUCCCGAAUUGGAAGCACAUUUAGAGGCCAGCGACAAAUAUCUGUCGGAAAAUGUUGGUAAUAAAGAUACGUGGGUGGCGCAGCGUGCAGCUCAGUUGAAGAAAAAAUGGUCUCAGGUUCAAGAAAAGAUGGUAGACAAAGAGCAUAUGCUGAGAAUAGCACUCGCAGAUGCGGAGCAGCUACAUUCAGCGAUGAAUGAAAUGACAGAUUGGUUGAAAAAUGCCGAUAGAAAACUAAAUACUUUAGAACCAAUCUCGAGAAUGCCAGAUGUUCUCGAAAAGCAAGUGACCGCACACGCAGAAUUCAUAUCUGAGGUAGCUUUACAUCGUGAGUUAAUGAACGAGAUGAACAACGUUGGCACAAGGCUGCAGUAUCAAUGUGAGAAGAAAGAUGCGAUUCCAAUCAAAAACUUCCUUGUUACUGCUAAACAUCGUUUCGAUAAAAUCGCUUCAAGAUCAUCAGAUCGUCGGAAACAACUUGACGAUAUUUUCCAGCUGGCUCGUUCAUUUUUUGAUAUGCAUGCACAGCUCAGCGAUUGGAUUGAGUCGAGUAAAAAGUGGCUUGAAGAGCAAUCCGUGCAGACAACAUUCAGCGAACGAAUGCGUGAUGAUUUGGAUCAUCAUAAAGAUUUUCAACGAGAAUUUGCGGGCCGUCAGCCGAUGUUUGAUACAACGUACAGGCGUGGUAAGUCACUCAUAGAGCACGCAUCAAAAAAUGAAGCGGCGACAAUUACUAAACUCAACGAGCGACUAAGGGAGCAAUGGACUGAAUUAUGCCACUUAUCAGUUGAAAAGCAGCGGAAGAUAGAAGAUGCCUUAUUGGCAUGUGGUCAGUUCGAUGAAGCAUUGUCAUCAUUACGAGAAUGGCUUGAAAAAGAAUUACCAUCUUUGGAGGAGAGUGAAAAUGAACCAGUGCACGGUGACUUAGAUACUGUAAAUCAAUUAAUUGAAAAGCAUCAGUUGCUUUUGAAUGGUAUUGAAUCACAGCGAGCAUCAUUAGAAUCUGUAAGACAACAUGCCGAUCAGAUGCUAAAUGGUAAUGAAAAUGAGAAUGAAACAGUGAGUGGAUUGCGCGAAAAAUUGGAUUCUUUGAACGCUGAUUGGGAAAAAUUAGAAUCGUUAGCAAAAAAACGUGAUGAGCGUUUAAAGGAAGCGCUAAGUGAUGCUGAAUCUUUCACAAGAGAUGCACACAAUCUUCUUGAAAAACUUCCACGUAUUGAAGCAAGAUUGCGUACGAAGGGCAAAAGUGAAGAAAUCAAAAAGGAAGUUCUCGAACAAAUGGAUAAUGUUGUGCAGUUACGCAAAGAAUUGGAUGAUGAGGAGCCUCGAUUAAAAUCAAUUUUGGAAGCAGGUGAACUGAUUCAUGCAAAAUGUGUUCCUCAUGCGAAGCAGCCGGUAAGAUGUUGGCUGAAGAUACUUCAGACACGCUGGGAUGAAAUAUCACAGGCGAUUGAUUCAAAGCAUGAUGAACUUCAAAAGCAAUUAACUGGUCUUUAUGAACAAGAUAAAUUGAUCGAUGAAAUGAUGAAGUUUGUGUCUUCAAAGAGUGCUGUAUUGAAACAAUAUAAUGAGGAAGAACUCCCAGACGAUCUUGGAUUAAUUGAAUCGCUGAUCAAUGAUCAUGAAAAAUUCGAAAGUACACUGCGUGAAAGGCAAACAGAUAUUGAUAUAGCCUCAAAAGGUCGUCGCAAAGCAUGCUCAGGCGAUGAAAAUGUCGCAUCAAACGCAUCGAUGAAGAAACGUAUGUUAACUAUCCGGCAUGUAAAAGCAGAUCAGUUGUCGGAAAGUUGGAAACGGCUGUGGGUAGACUCGAUGGAUUACGGUCAGAAAUUACAAGCGAAGAAAGCGUAUUUGGAUGAGCUGAAGAGAUUGGAAUCGUUUACGUUUAAUGAUUGGCGUGAACGGUAUUUGGAGUGGACUGCAUCAGGAAAAGCUCGAAUAUCAGACUUGUUUAGAAGGAUUGAUAAGAGCGGUACAGGUCGUGUACGGCGAUCAUCCUUUAUAGAUGGUAUCAUGUCUUCAAAGUUUCCGACAACUUACCUUGAAAUGAUGAAGGUAGCAGAUGAAUUCGAUAAAGGCGAUGGUAUGAUCGUUGCGAAAGAAUUUUUGGCAAGACUUCGAUCUGAUUAUGCAAAGAAAAAUGUUUUCAAACAGCAGACAGAGGGUGAAAAGAUUAAUGAAGAAGUGAUUCGUCAAUCAAAAAAAUGCAGUUGUUCAAAUCCGUACAAAAUACAAAAAGUCAGCGAAGGACAUUAUCGCUUCGGUGACACGCAAAUCAAACGUAUGGUACGAAUAUUGAGAACAACGGUGAUGGUCCGCGUUGGUGGUGGAUGGGAUCCAUUGGAUAUUUUCCUUCAUAAUCAUGAUCCAUGUCGAGCAAAAGGACGUACGAACAUCGAAAUGCAGCGCGGAUUCUACAAUGACGUUCGUCCAAUAGGUGCAUAUGACACUAUGAAAACCUUCGUAAAGUCAUCGCGUUCAACGGCAGCAAAUCGCGACAGCGCAACAGCUAGUGUCGAAUCUCUGUUAGGCGGCUCAUCAAGACUCACUUCAACACCUGGCCCAAUAACUAAGAUUCGUGAAAAAACUGAAAGAAGCUUGCCCAUGCAUAUACCAACGGCAAAACGCUCAGUAGGAAACGGUGGCUUUCUUCGUGAUACUGCAUACGAGGAUAAUCUUCGAAGAGACUCAAAAGCAGUACGUCCGAGCCAGUCGUCAAAACCAUCAAAUAAUGGUGAUAUCAGUGAUUUAUCACGACCGGGUAGCCGUUGCUCCGAAGCAUCCGAUAGUUCUGAGCGACCCACUCGAAUUCCAUCUCUUAGAGGCAAAAAGGGCGUUGGAUAUCGUGGCUCUCGAGCCAGUCCGAAUAUGUUCCAGUGA